GACACCUACACGACUUCGGACGCUGUACCUGUGUUAGUGUAAUAGAACACACAAGCGCAGGCGGCAACACUAAUAAAAGUAUAAUAAAAGUUACCAAGACAGAAGUGCGGCGUACGGUACUAUUUGUUUGGAGGGAGGUUGGAGGCACUCAUACGAGCGAGGGAGAGGCUGUGUUGGCGCGGCGGGCGGCCUGCCAGUUUACCGUUGCAAGGCGCGUCGUGCGGCCGGACGCUCAACCCGCGCGCCGGCAUCCGUAGCCCGGCCCUGCAUCGCCAGCCCUGGCCCCGUCCGGGACUCCACGUGACGCACUGUGUACUCCGAGGGUGUUCCCGGACUGACCGCCACAUAUCGUGUUCUCUAAAUCAGAGACGAAGUGCUACAACUCGUGCUUAUUUCACUGAAGUGCUAAUCCCAAUUCUGGUUCUUUAUUGGAUCGCCUUUGUAUCUACGAAGAUACAUGAGUCUACAGCCUCCAUAUAAAAUACAAUAAGAUCUUAAGGAAGACCAUCUUCGUGCGGUUCAGUCACCAUCUUAAUUAUAUAAUGGAAUAUAGCAAUGCUCACCGUGCAGUAAAUGUAAAGAACUAAGUUCCUUCGUAAGCAACGCACAGCAUUGGGGUGAAUAAUGGGAAAAAGGAACGCUCGGAUCAGAUUUGCACAGUAUUCGAUCGGUCCGCCUAUCAGUUUGGAUACGCUGGGCACUUCCGAAUAGCGCCAAGCUCCCCACACUAUCAGUUACCGACGCUCAAGCGACAGCCAAUAAAAGUACAAGUCAUACCGGGUUAUAAAAGUAACUCAUUUUUACUUAGAUUUACUUACUUUAGUACAAAAAUAAUUGAACACGGCUCAGGAUUGUUUGAUGUGACUGUAUCGAUAGAGCCAUUGCCGAGUCGUCGUCCUCGGUUGAGUUAUAUAAACGGUAGUCAUGACGGCCACUGCACCAGAGUUGUCAAAGUCGGAUUUUUUUGAAUUCGUGACCUCAAAUGAAGUAACAGACGCACAGUAUAAACAGCAAAUGCGAUCUGUCAAUGUGUUCAUGGAAUCACCUGAUUCGAGAUCGAACCCCUUGCUGUCGGAAGAACCUAAGGAACAGAACAAUAAUAGUUUGAUAAGUGUUACCGGCGCACAGUCAUCCACUACAAACAGUAUGACUGCCGCCACUAGCUCCAAUCCGUUGCAAAGUUUCGAUUCUAUUUGGAACGUCGACCGAGAUAGAGAUCGGAUAGAGUCGGCUAUGUUAGAAGAUCUCAACAAAUAUUACUGGAGUCAAGACAACGAAAUGAGCACACAUUCCUGCACUGAUACUACUAUUUCGAAUAAAUUAAUAAGUAAUAACACAGACGGACAAAUUUAUACACUAACAGUUCUAAACCAAGACAUAAAUGAAACGAACACCAAUCGCUAUUGGGUGAAAGAAGAAGAUGUUUCCAUGUCUAGUCCGACAGAUAUGGAACAAAAUCCAUCCUUAGACCUUGAAACUAUAUUGAAUAUGAACGGUUUUCCUAACGAUUUCAGUCAAGACUCACUCAACACGUUACCUAAAGUAGAAAAUUUCAAUUACGAAGAUGGAGACUCAGAAAACCCGAGCACGGAACUCAGUACAAGCAAUUUAGUUAAAAUAGAACCUUUCGCCUAUGAUGAAAAUGAAUAUCAGAGCAAUGAUAAAAAAGACGAGUCUACACAUAGUCCAAUUAUUGUCACACCUACCAUGUUGGAAGUCGAAUAUAAUAACAACAACAACGAUUGGAAACUAUCAGAUCAAAACACUGAAUCAAAUGAAUCUUUAUUACGGAGCGCUUUGCAAGGAAAAGCCUUUGUUAGGUAUAGUACAAUGCUCAAAAACGCUGUAAGUAAAUUGGACGCUGAGACAGAACUAAAAAGGGUCAUCAUAAACAAUAACAAUAAAGCUGAUGUACCGUCAAUGUACCAGGAUAGUAAGGACACAGAUAAUGAGUUGCUAAUGGCAAUAGGUCCACCAAACGGCAAUGUUAAUAUAUCAAUACUACUAGAAGAGCCUACUGCCACUGUCGUAACUAACUGCGAAAAUCCAACUUCAACUCAAAGCGUGGAUGACAUAAUACUAUCUCAGCUAGAUUCCAGUUAUCCAGAUGAUUACGAAAAGUUGAAACGGAUAGCAACAGAAUUAGGAGAAUCAGUUCAACCUUUCUGUACUGUGGAGCCAAUAGAUCCCAUUCGCAGUAUAUACAAUAUUCACCACGUCAACGGUGAGCUGGUUACUAUGAUCCCUGCCAGUGAAGGUCAGCUACCACACCUACAAAUCGUAACCGCUUCACCUACGGUUUCGAGUACGAAAGUUGGUAAAAAGCAUAGACGACCACCUAGCAAAACUUCGCCGCCAACAUCUCAAACACCUUCAGGGACAGCAGUCCAGCCCGCAACAUCUACAUCGAACGGUGUUAGGAAAGAGAGAUCCUUACAUUAUUGUUCGAUUUGUUCGAAGGGUUUCAAGGAUAAGUACUCAGUAAACGUGCACGUGAGGACGCAUACCGGCGAGAAGCCCUUCACGUGUUCCUUGUGUGGCAAGAGUUUCAGACAAAAGGCUCACCUCGCGAAGCAUUAUCAGACUCACAUAGCACAGAAGACCGCAGCCGCGAACGGUGCCUCCAAACCCACCAAACAGAGGUAACCGCUCUUAUCCAAAUCCCCGUUCACAUUCAUAGUCAAAAAUUGAACUGAAUGACUGAGAGCGAGUGUAUUUUAUAAUCUAAUACAUAAAGGCUGAAAUAUCACAGAAGAAUUUGGUAAGGUGCUAAAUAAAUUAGUAAUUUAGACAGUUAAGGAAAGUGUAAAAGAGAAUGUGUCAGAAAAUUCUCGACCGUUAUCAUGCUUGUUAAUUUGUAUGUAACUCCGCCCGUUACCGAUUAUAUUUAGCUUUAGCUAGUUUUAGCUAUAAACAGGUACAAUUAAGUGUUUUAAUUAUGAAAUUAUUCAAACUCUUCCAUUCUUCAUAAUUAGUCAUGUCAAAUACACACAUCACAAAAUGUCUUAGUAAUGUCUAUAUAUAAUAUGCUAUGACAAUGUAUACGACAGUUUAAAUCUUUACAAACUAAUCAUACAAUAUACAUGUAAUUUUAGUAAGCACGUUUGCAUUGAAGAUUCUUAUAGAAUUAGUUAUUCCUUUUCUCAUUGAGCUUUGUUAAAAAGCACGUCACGUCACUACUGUAGAGUUACAACCAUUUUUUGUAUGACAGAUCGGCAACAUUAGCUAUGUAGUAAUCAGAUAAAUGACCAACAAUGAUGAACAAAUUUAGGAUUAUCAAUAGUUUGGCCGCACUGUAAUUUCUCGCGCGGCGCGGCCAAACUUUCUAAAAAAUAAUAAAAACAAAACAGAGUAAAAGAACGAGCAUUCAGUACCAACUAUCUUUCACCGCUCGACUAUCGUAUCUACGUAUAUAUACUGUUUGCUACCAGUUUCGUAUUUUUUUCUAAUGAAGACAUGACUCUCGAGAUUAAUUUUUUAAAUUUGACAACUAAAAGACUAUUUUCAAUUAAUGAUUAUAAUAUAAUGGUUUAGAAUUUUUAAUAUUUAUAUACGAUUAUGAUCCUUUUUGUGUUUAUUAGCACUAGGGUCCCCUAUACAUUUACCGUAAUAAGUACUACUAUCUAAUCGACUAUUGCAUGGUUCACUAUAUUGAAGAGACCGGUGAAGACAAACUCGCUCUUAAAAUUUAAUCUUUCGCCUGAUAUUGGGAGAGGCCUGAUUGCACCCAGAUUGCUAUAAAUUUCAAAUACGAGUACCUACUUCUAAUAGCUGUGUUUAAAAUGGAGCUCCCUUUCUCAUCGAACAAAUUGGCCUUUCUUUGUUCCUUUCUUAUAUUAUUUACUGCACCGCGCCCUACUGUGUAUCAGUACCUAUUAUAACUAAAAGAAAUACUUGAAUGCCAAGACUAAACUUUAAAAUCAUAUCUAGGAAUUAAUUUCACUCAUUUUUUUUUACAUUAUCAGAUUCCAAUUAAUAAUAAAAUAAUAAAUUUUUAAUAGCUGCUCAAUAUAAUAAAAAAACAACUUUCUCAAUACUUACAAAUACUUAUUUCUAAUUAAUUUCCUACCAAUGAUAAUAUUAUAAAAUUCAUUUUAUUAAUAGUUCAUUAGAAGAUUACGAAGCAUAUUAAACUUAAGAAAAUAAAAUAAAAUUGAUCUGAACGACCUCUUUAGCAGGAAAUGUUUUAUAAUAGGUAUCGAAUCGUGACACAGCCUUAAUUGUGUAUCGGCGUGGCGUCAAACGUAGCCUUAUCAUAUUACCCAGAUUUGUUAUUUAAUUAUAAUGUUCUAUUUUUCUAUCUAUCUAGGUAUCUCUCUCUUUAGUAGCAACGCAUUGAAAUAAAAAUUCUUUUAAAAUAUUUGUAAAACCUGUAGGUACUCAAGCUAUUGGAAUUCGUUUUAUCUAAAAAUCUUAAGUUUCUGAAUUGUUUUGUUUAGCAAUAAAAAGAGAUAUUGGGUUAAUUUGGCGGCCACUGUCGUUUAGGUGUAGCUGGCGUCGCGGAAACUGAAUAUUGGGCCUCGUACGAUAUUAGAGCAUUUAAACUUAUUAAUAUUUUAUGAAUUAAUUUGUGAUGAUUUUUAAUAAAUUUAUAUUUAUGUUCAGUCACAAUAAUGUUCAAAAAUAAACUACUCGUAAUAAAUAGAGAAAAUACAUUUUCUAUAUAAUACAUAUAAUACUCAGAUACAUCUACCUAAGUACCGACACUUUUUAAUAUCACUUCAAGUGCUAAAAUAGAAUGAUACUCAUACUUAAACCUAAGGCAUUAAGCAUGCUAAUACGUAAAUCAGUCUGUUGCUCUUGCCAAGAACGUUUGUAUUAUAAUUUUACGUACUUAUGUUUAGUUACUGAACACUGCCUGUAAAAGUUUCUAUAUGACUGAAAGACUAAAAACAACAAAAUAAUGUAAGAUUUAUAUUAAGAAGUACCUAAUACUGUUUAAUUACGUAAUGAAUAUACAUGAUACAUACAUGUAUACCUAUACUCGUAUUAUAAAUAUAAUAUUGUUUUUAAAACUGUUUAAAUAAAUGAGAUUAUUAUUUUAAAAUAAUCAUGUCUACUAAGAGUUCGUUCGACUACUUAAAAAGACUCUUGUACAUUGUAAAAGGGUUUACCACUAAUAAACAAAAUAUUUUUUUAAUGAAAAGUUUUAAAUGGAAAUUGAUUCCUUAAAUUACGUACGUUACGUAAUACACUUUGAGAAAUUAUUGAUGAGACUUGUGAGUGCUUGUAAUUGUCUUGUUUACAUUAUGACAUAAAAUAGUUUUAAGAACUUUAGGAAAUUCCUUUAACAAUACUCAUUAUUUUGUAAAUAUAUGUAACAGAUUGAAGACGAAAACCAAUUUGUGGCGUAAAUUUAUUCUCUUGUAUCUCAUUAGAUGGUAUUUGAAAUGUUAGCGAAUUUAUAGAUAUUAUAUUGUAAGCAUUAAGAAACUUUUGAGAGAUUUACCAAUUAGAUUUAAGAAACUAUGGCUACCUUAAUAUAAUGUUAUGCGGUUGCAUAAAUGGUUGUUAAUAUAUUCAUGUAAUAUAUUAAAUUAUGUUGGUUUUAUGAGUAGGUGUCUAUACUUAUUCAAAAUGGAUUUUUUUUCAAUUUGAUCGAUUAUUAAUGCAUUUGUUCCUGAGUUGAUUAUUAGAUUUUAUUAAUAAUUUCUUUGUUAUAAGAAUUCUAUUAUUAAUUGAUGUAAGAAUAAUUUAAUUUUGUGUAGAAAUUUAGAUAUGAGGACGUCGUGGAGGUCUAAUGAUAUCGUUUCCGAGAGUUUCUCAGAGGGAUGAUCUAGCACCUUGUAAAUAUAAUUAUUUAUUUGGAAUUUUCAUUUUGCUCAAUACGUGGAUCGCAAAAUUUACACUACCAACGUCCACCUUAUCGUUAAACUGAAGCCGUCCUGUACAAUACUUUUAUUAUUUAUUUAUAGAAUUACGAAUAAGACGAAAAUGGAAAAAUGAAAAGGUAAUUUUAUUUUGAUUAACCCGAGCUGUGAUUUUUGCUAAUGUAUGUCUAUUGAUACAGUUGCAGUUUGCGAGAUUAUGCAGUAAGUUGUUCGAUAAACUUUAUGUAGAGUGUCCCUGUGUUGCUAAACGGUGAUCUAAUCAGCGCGGCUGUAAAAACGUGAUACGAUUGUGUUAUUGAUGCUAAAUUGGACAUGACAUUUGCUAAAAUUCGCAGAACAUUAUAUAUUUUUUGCCAACAAUAUAUCAAAGUUUUGUAAUACAGGGCCUACAUCGAUCAAUAAAAACAAAUGUUUCUACUACGGCAGUUGAAGCGGUUAAUGGUUUCACUGAAACGUACAACUUCUUCAACUACCAACUGUUUCGGUGGUACGGCUUGAAUAUACACUGUACAAAAGUGUGAUCGUCUUCCAAAUGCACAAUUUCUUUAAUCAUAUACAUCUUUUGCAUUAUACUACUAUGUCUUUUGUAUUAAAUUACUGAAUUGUUAUUCAUAAUAGUAAUUUAAAAAAAUAUCUACAGAUAAACAACUUAUUACGCAUACUAAUAAUAAUUCACAAUUUAAUAUACAUUACAUACGUUAUUCUCAUAUUCUGAGACUAUAUUUUGAUAUCUUAUUUGUAUACGUAAAUAAAAACACUUAUACUAAAUUCAAAAUAGCUGAAAUGCAAAAGAUAUUAUGAUAUUAAACAUGUCUAAUUGUCCUCUUGAUCUGGUCUUAUCAAUAUCAUCUAGGCACAUUGUAUAAACGAAUUAUGUAGCUACCAUAAUUUUUACACAUUUACACAUUGUAAUAAAUUUCUUAUAUUUUUUACUUUCCUACUUAAGUUUGCUAAUAAAAUGUUUUUAUAAUAUGAAUAA